AUGUUCGAUACUCCUCCUCAACCCUCAUACAGAGAUGAUCCAGAUCAUGCGGAGACAGCCUCGAUGGCAUCCGCUGUUUUGCUAGACGACAUAGAAGCAUCAUUUCCAGACGAUGAACUUCCACCGUAUGAGGACAAUCCUGCUACAAUUCCACGUACGCAAGAGCCCCAGCGAACCCCAGAUACAUCGCAUGCCCCGGUUGGAGAUUCCGAUUACAUCGGACGGACACUCCCUCCUCCGCUACCUUUCUCCUCGAGCGACACGUUCUGUUCCAAUAUCCGUACCAACCUCCCAAACUACUCCACCGAACAUGACUCCCUUCGGAAUAUGAUCCGAAACCAAGCCAGUUAUCCACCUGGUUACUACAUAGAGAUCCACGGCAAACACACCGAAACCUCGCGGCAUAACAAUAAGGAGACCAAGAGAGAUAUCGUAGACUUCCACUUCCGCGUCGCUCUCGGCGACGAACUCAUCCCAAAAGGCCAUGUCACCGGCCUCACCCCCGGAAAACUCGAAUUCCUCCCCGACAACAAAAGAGGUUAUCGAGGAACCAUAAUCCCUUCCCUCAACCCCACCCUCUCCGACGUAGAAGAAGCCGACUACCUAACCGCCUGGUGCGAAAAAUACGUCGCCGACGCCUCCAAAGUAAAAUGCUUCACUCUCCAGCGCGAGAUCAGAUGGCAUGACACCGCCAAGUUAGAGCAUCUCAUCCGGUCCGCCCUCCUCGAAACAAACUAUCGCGGUCACAUAUCCAUAACCUUCCCCACCAGCCACACAUCCGUCACCGUCUACUCCCCCGGCCUCAUCAACAGAUGGCGCAUGACGACCUGGAUCCGCUGGAUCUUCUACCUUAGCUUCCUCUGGAUCUUCACCUGGCCGCUUCUUUUCUUCCUCACCUCGCGCUACGAAGUCGUCAAAUCAGUCUGGUAUUACGCCUCAAAGCCACCCGGCGAGGAAAUGGGCCGAAUACCAACGACCAACGACGAGGUCAACUAUUUCUAUAAAUGGCAAAGCGCGAUUAAACGUGCGGCGCUGGCACGUAUGAACUGUGGGACAGGGUUGUUGAUUGAGGCGUAUAGGAUUGAGACUGCGCUGGCGGAACAGAGGGGUGCGGAGGAGGCAAGAAGGCCAGCCGAGAGGAUUAAUACUGGGAAUGCGUUUGCGGAUGGGGUGUUUGGGGUGUUAGGGCAGGGGUUGCAGGUUGCGCAGGCUUUUGGGGAUGCUAGAGGGUGGGGACAUGAUAAUUAG